AUGGAUGAUAAGUAUAAAUAAGCCAUAGAGUUAGUUGAUAAAUUAAUAUAAUCUGACCCUCAUAAUCAUUUCUCUAUAUAGUUUAAAGGUAAAAUUAAUAGAUUAUUAAUAUGCGAAUUAUUUAUCUAUAAGAUAAUUAAUCAAUUUGAGAAAUGCAAUCAUUUGAUUGGAUAAAGCUUUAGCUAUAAAUCCUAACCUUGUUUGUUCCUUAAGCAUUAAAGUUAGUCUGAUUCAUAAUUAAAUUAAUAGUGGAAUUUUUAUGAAUUUACAAAAGAUUAUUGUUAUAGAUAAGAUUAUUAAAACGAAUGA